AUGAGGUAAACAUUAUCGCAAAUGUUCACGCAUAUAUUAUCAGAGUAUCCGUUCUCUCGUUCCUGUUCUCACAGAAAAUUGUUAAACUGGAAGUGCUUUUGGAACACAUCCGGAUGAUGCAAAUCAAAGCGAACAUAGCGCGAAUGAAAUACCGAUCGAUGUGCUCCGGCUUGAAGCAAAAGUCUGUGCUUUACGCAUCUUCGUUAAAAAAUCUGGAAGACGAAAUAAAGGAGCAGGAGAGCGAGAUAAAACGUCUCCAGGCAAGGCGUGAUUCUAAUUGUCAAACUGAAAGCGUGAAAGAAGAAGCUAUUGCGUUGAAGGAUCAUAUGCAGGAAACAUUGAUAAAGGAAGAAAUCGAAGUUACGAAUUGCAGCAGGGAACGCCACGCAGUUCUCGAAGAAUAUAGGCAACGCGUGUUAGAGAGAAAAAUGGAACUGGAGCGUUUGGAGAAGAUGGUAUUCCAUACGCGUCCGAGAGACGAUUUUGACACACGUGGAAAGAGUGUUCACGUACAGUUCACGGAGGACAUGGUGAGCAAGGACGAGGUGACACGACUGGAAGAAACGUUCGCCAAGCUUCGCAGUGCCACCGGAGUGUCCAGGUCCGAGGACGUUCUGAACCGGUUUCUGGGUCAGCGAGCGACUAACGAUAAUCUGCAGAAAAUGCGGGUGGCCACGGAGCAAGAGAAAAUGGCGUUAGAAAAGCAGAGGCUGCAGCUCAUCGACGAGAUGGAGACCAGAAAGUUCUCGGAAACGAAGGACGCGGAACAAAACGCGGAAGAAACGGAGAAACUAAACCAGCUUAUCGGACGACAUCGAUCGCGCCAAUUAAAAGCGGAUACGGAGAGACAAAAGGCGGAAGAACUUUUGCAGGAAAUUACAACGACACUGUGGAAUGUGUGCAACAAAUUUCGGGAUGUAAUGGAUACGUUACCUAGAGAAGCAAAAGAAAUCCAACAGCCUUUGCAACUUAUAAAUUUAAUGAACGAAAGGGCGACGAGUAUUAUUGAAACUUUCGGAGGACCAGACAAGUAUCUGGAAGUAUUGAACGAAGUAUCGGUUGAUAAGUUGGAAACAGUAUCGAUUACGACUACCUCAGUGGAGGGAAAGGCAACGCGCACAAAUGGAGGGCCACUUUUUCCGCGAUUUCCAUCCUCAGCAACACAGGCCACAUUGCCUUCUGAAGACGAAGAGGAUGUGCCAACUAGAAACACUCUCAAGAAACAGGCACAACAAUUGGUCGAUAUUAAAAGUCGUCGAAAAGGAUUUACCUUUAGAAGAUGA